UUGAGUCUUUUCUCGCAUUGACUUUGAUUCAAGCUUACCGGUACUUCACAAAGUAAAGCUUUCAAGUAGAGACGUACUCACUGAACACGUACAGGAUGAUGUGGCUGCUAGUAUUUGGUUUGGCAUUAACACAGCAGGUGACACUUGCUUCUAAAUAUUUCCAAGAAAGUUUGAUUCAUGUAAAAAGGAACACGUUGGCGGACAACAAUAACAUCAUCUGUGACCAUCAAGCCUUUGAGCUCGGCAUUGUUCUAGACUCUUCAGCUUCCAUCUUGCCGGAGGACUUUACAAAAGGCAUCAAGUUUCUUCAAGACUUUCUGAAGCGAUUUGACAUCGGCAUUGACAAAGUGAGGGUGGCUAUCGUAGUUUAUUCCAAUAACCUACAUUUGGAGAAAUCGUUCAACUUGAGUGCUUACAUCACUAAAGAUGCCGUCAUUGGCGCUAUAGGAAAUAUAACCCACGCAAGUGGCGGCUAUACUAGGACCUGGGAUGGUAUCAGCUAUAUGCGAAGUAGCCAGCUAGGUCAUCAAUGGGUCAGGCCACGGGUCCCUAAGAUUGGCAUGGUAAUAACAGACGGGAAUUCUCAAGAAGGCCGCAAAACAAAAAGCCAAGCCAGUAUUGCAAGAGAAAAUGGGAUAAUUAUGUUUGCCCUGGGAGUUGGUGACAUGGUUGGCCAGACUGAGCUGUUCAAUAUUGCGGGCGACAAUUCCAGGAUCUUCAGAGUUGAGAGCUAUAGUAAUCUAACCAGCAUCAUCAAUACUCUAACAAAUAAAACGUGUGUCGUCACCUGUACUAAACCAAAUCUAACAGACGUGUACUAUGUGUUUAGUCAGAGUGAUUUGGGUCUGGAUAAAACCCGUUGGGUCACAGAUUUUAUUUCAUUGUCCAUUGUGAACAAUUAUGAGAAUAAAGGAUUCAAGUAUGAUCUCAGGUCUGACCAAUGUCCAAACGAAAGUGGGUUUUGGCUCGACGCUAACAAAAGAGAACAAGACUUUAGAAAUAAUCUGAAAAGUUACAACGUUCCGAAACUUCCAGUUGUCAUACAGCACCUAAGAUCGGAAGCAGGUUACUCAGAGGCUAAAGGGGGCAGACGAAAUGCCACGAAAGUUGCCAUCAUGGUAGUGGACAGCAACACAACCGCAGAGCUAGUGCUCACAGAGGUCAACCUGUUGUUGCAUCAAAAUGUAACGGUGUUUGUGGCUGACCCAACCAACUCCGGCAUUACAAUUCGAGGUACUACCACACUGAAAGGCAACGUCACGGAGCAGUCAUCCCAGCUCGUCUACUAUUUGCUAAACCCAUGCAAAGUCCUUAAAUCUAUGUAGAAGCUCUU